UGAACAUGCAUUCACAUGAACUACAUGUACAUUGUAAUCUGUAAUGUAAACUGAUUUCAGCGCUUAGAGUCAUGCAUAUCUUCAGCCGUUUUCAAGAAUGUACCAUUGAGCACCAUAAUUGAAUAAGUAUGUAAGCAUAUUCAUUGUUUAUGUCAAUAUGUAAAAUGCCCUACAACUGAUGUCAGAAGUAUAUUUCACAAUAUAGUUGUUGUUACAGGCCAUAAGCCUGUGUACUUAUGAUACAUGUACAUGUAGAUAUAUUAUCUUACCAGUCAGAGUUACAUGUACACGUUGAAGCAUGUUCUGACUAAGAAGCUGGAGUAAGUCAGUGUGAAGGAAAUGCCUGAUCUAAAACACUGGCUGUUGUUCUUACUGCAUGUUGCCAGGUUACCGCAGGGGAUAGGCCAGGUUUUUGGGGAAAUCUGCCAAAAAAACUAGACACAUGUGACGUAGGGUUGUUAGCUGAAGAAUUUGCCAAUUGAUCUGGCAUAGGCCUGAGCCUAAAUAUCCACCGCAGGCGGCUAAGGGGCCUCAGUUUUUCGUUUACCAUCUUUCGUAAAGCACCUCCGCUCCAUGUCUCUUGCUCUGUACAAUGGAAUCUUGUCCCACUGUGUGCCUCUUACCGAAUCGCACGGCCGUCAAGCGAGCAGAUGACUCUGUACAUCGAUCGGUCACAGUUUAUGCCACUUUGGGUAAUCUUGUGCACGUUGAAACAUGUGAUAGUGGAAGUGAAGGUGGCCAUCACAAGAUUGAGGAGUUGAAGUCUAAAGACAGGAUAAUUUCCCAGCUUGAGCGCCAGCUGGGUCACUCAGCUUCAGCAGUACCAGUCCCUCCUGACAAGUGGUCAGCACAAUCACCUGCCCUGAAAACUUCUCCAUCAGGGGAGACAACCUGUGACAAGGAUUUAUCAUCUCAGGCCUGUGGUAAAAAUGGGGGCAAAGAUUCCAGUCAACCUGAAGAUGGAUUGGCUUCUAAUGCGUUUCACUUACCUCCAAUUGAAGACACUAGUGAUAAGAAGAGAGUGGUUCCUAGAGUUCCCUCUCUUGAGAGGUGUCUGGAGGAGGAAAAGAGAAGAACCCAUGCACUAACAGAGCAAAAUGCCAUUCUGAUGAAACGUUUGUCAGAAAUGGAGCGUCGCAGCAAACCACUGCAAGACCGCAGCAAGAAAUAUGUGGAGAAGAGCAUGGAGUUAACCUCGGUAAAACGCUGCCUUGAGGACCAGCUAAAGGCUCUGUCAGAAGAAAACAGAAAACUGAAGGAGCAUUGUGAGCAGAGCAGACGUAAACUAAGUCAUGUGACCCGUCAGCUGACCCAGGAGCGGAGUGAUAAGGAGGGUCUAGAAGAUCAGACCAGCGAGAUUGAAGAUCUCUACAAACAGCUGACGGAGCAGAACAAAGUCAUUGCUGCACUCAAGCAAACAUGUUCAGAGAAAGACAGGCGGAUAGAACUCAUUCAGUAUCGGAAGAGGAGACGGAGACAAGAAAGAUCACAAGAAAUGUUAGCGGGAGUGAAGGAGACGGCAUAUGGAUAUGAUGAGGAUAACCAGUCUGUGGAUUCUGAAGUCUCCUCCCUCUCCUUUGACAACAGUCUUGAUGAUGACAGCUGGGAUGAGUUUGCUAAAGAAGAAUUCCAGCAGAAUUACAGACGCCUGGCAAGAGAGCAUUUAGACUUGGAGAAGUCCUAUGCCCUUCUCCAAUGUCACUCUGACAUGUGUCAAGAUCCUCAGAGAGAAAAUAAGUCUCGAUCAGCUUUGGAAUCGGACUUGUUUAAAGCUCAGUGUAAGAUCGAAAACCUUGAAAAGUUCCUGAAACUGUCUGGUAAGGACAGUAAUUGGCUAGUGGAGAAAGAAACUUUACAAACAGAUAACAAAGAGCUGGAGAACAGGGUAAGUUACAAAUGGUAG